AUGUUCGAAUUCCUGUAUCAGGACGAACCGGCUGUUAUUAAUCAUCCAUUAUCUUGUUAUAAAAGCAGGAUAUUUGACUAUACUGUAAAAUUAAAUGAAAUUUUAAAUCAAGACGAAUUAUCUUCUAAUAAAACGGGAUUAACUAAAGAAUUGGAAAGUUGUAGGGUAUCAUCUAUUUCAGAAUUGGAAGGAAAUAGUCCAAUCAGUGACAAUAAUAAAACAGAAUUAACGGAAGAUUUGGGAAGCUACAAGAUUACUAAUAAAUAUUAUAAUAAAACAGAAUUAACUGAAGACAUGG